GGUAUCGUAUCAAUAAACAUGGCGUCGCGCUUGUAGCAGCGUGCGCUUGCGUAGUGUCAACAGGACCAGAGACUUAUUUGCAAGCUUUUACCGUUUAUCGUGUAUUGUGGUAUUUCUGUGUUCUUGAUUGAACUUCAAGGACACCAGUUGCAUUCAAAAUGGCUGAGUUUGUUCAAAAGAACAUCGAAAACUUCAUCCCGGAGUUGGAGCAGAUGCAACGGAUCGGUCUCUUCACGAGGGAUCAAAUACGAGAAAUCUUGAGAAGAAGGAAACGAUUCGAGUACCGUCUCCGUCGCAUGAAGAAGUCGAAGGAAGAUUUUCUGAAGUACAUCCAGUAUGAGCUGAAUUUGUAUGACCUGCUUCAGAAGCGAAGAACGAGGUUGGGGAUAACUGAGAAGAGGAAUGACAUUGAUUUGCUGAUAGCAAAGAGAGUGAACAGGCUUUUCAAGAAAGCAGUGCUGAUGUUCAAGAGCGACUCAAAGCUGUGGCUGUCUCACAUCGAGUUCUGCACACGCAUGGGUUGGGAGCACGCCGUCAGCUCGCUGUACACGCGAAUGCUCCAACUGCACAGCAAAAGGCCAGAGAUCUGGGUGGCUGCUGCCAAGUGGCAGCUGGAACAAAACAACUCUCCCGAGAUGGCACGCAAGCUUCUGCAGAGGGGACUGCUCUUCAACGACAACUCCCAGCUCCUGUGGCAUGAGUACUUUCGAAUGGAGCUGAUCUACACAGAUAAGAUGAGGAAAAGAAGGGAUGUGCUUGGACUGGAGAAGGAAGAAGCUGCUGCAACGGAUGCCGUGCUCGCAGCAAAGAUCCCAUCUCUUGUAUACAAAGCUGCCACCAAGGCUAUUCCAGGCGUGACCUUCGCCCUGUCAUUCCUGCCACUCUGCUCACCUUUUGAGUUUGCGGCACCCUUGGAGGAUGAGAUCUACAGAGAGGUCCAAGAGCAGUAUUCGGACAAAGAGGAGACAUGGGACGCCCUUGCACGUAGGCAUCUGUCCAAACGACGGAAGAAAGAAGUCGCUGCCAAAGAUGACGAAAACGCAGAUCGGCCAAAGAAAUCCAUCGUCGAGGCCCGUUCUGUUUUUGAAUGCGCCGUCUCAGUGCUGCCUACAGAAAAAAUGUGGAAGCUGUAUAUUCAGUUCUACCUGGAGCUCCUUGAGAAGUCACAUUCUCAGAAGAAUGCAGAGAAGAGAUUGCUUCGGGUGCUGGACAUCAUGAAGAGAGCCUCCGAUGAAAACCAACUCACCCUGGAGCAUCACUUGGAGUGGGUGAAACUGCUGCAGAACUGCGGCGAGGCCGACGCGGCUGCCACGUGCGCCGAGGCUGCCGCGGAAAAGUGGGACCGGUCCACCGAGGCGUGGCUGCUGCUGCUGGAAAUGCAGAUCCUGCAAUCGCUCGAGACCGACGCCGUGAGAGCCACCUUCGAGAGGGCCCUCAAGCACGUUCCAAAAGAGGAGUCUCUUCCGAUCUGGCAGUUUGGGGUCACGUGGAUGUCGGCAGCCUGUCCCACCAAGGCCAUUGAAUUUCUGGAGGGAGGACUGUACUUCCCACCGGCUGUUUGCAUUUACAUUAAAGAAAAACUUCUCGAACUCAACUGCCUCUACCAUGGCUACAAGGCUGCCAGAAAGUUCUACAAAAGGAUGCUUCUGCUGAAGCCGCUGUCACUUGGGUUCUUCCAAGCAAUGGUCAACAUAGAGAAUGCUCAUGCCACUCCGUCGGCGCACCGACUGAGGGGAUACUUUGAAGACGCCACCCUGGAAUUUGGCCAGAGUUGUGCUGAGCUGUGGUUGAAGUACAUCACUUUCGAGCUGAAACACGCCGAAGGAAAGCCAGAGUGUGCUGGUGUCCUCUACCAGCGAGCCGUCAAGGCCCUGAAGGACGAACUGGUGGACGAGUUCAUCGCCAGGUACACCCUCCUGGACCCUGGACAAGCUGAAAUGGAUGAUUGAGACCUCUCGCUUUGUCAACAACCGUCCCUGUGAAUACGCUGGCGAAUCAAUACACUCAUAAGCCUA